ACCAAUCGAAACAUCUACACACACUCUCACACACACACACACAUCAUGUUCACCGAGGAGGGCAUCUUUCCCAUAGGCGAUGGCCUGCUGGAUGUGGAUGCCGAACGCUUGAAAGGAUUACUAGUGUCAUUUGACAUCAACGAUAUCUACGAUGUGGAACAGACGCCGUUUGCCAGAGGCAAAUUCGCUGCUGUUCGGAGGGCCAUACACAAGAAUACCGGUUCGCAUUUUGCGGCGAAAUUCUUAAAACGACGCCGACGCGCACAGAGCAGCGAUAAGGAGAUCAAACAUGAAAUUGCCGUCCUAAUGCUAUGCGAGGGCGAGGAGAAUAUUGUCAAUUUGAAUGCUGUGCACGAGACGCGCUCAGAUACAGCACUUUUGCUGGAGUUGGCCACUGGAGGUGAAUUGCAAACUAUUUUGGAUAAUGAGGAAUGCCUAACUGAGGCCCAGGCUCGUCAUUGUAUGCGUGAGGUAUUGAAGGCAUUAAAAUUUCUACAUGAUCGUUCCAUAGCCCAUUUGGACUUGAAGCCGCAGAAUAUAUUGCUCACAGGCGAUCGUAUUGAAGAUGGCCUCAAAUUAUGUGACUUUGGCAUAUCGCGUGUUGUCUGCGAGGGUAUUAAUGUAAGGGAAAUGGCCGGAACACCGGACUAUGUGGCCCCCGAGGUGCUUCAAUACGAGCCACUGUCCCUGCUUACCGACAUUUGGUCUGUGGGUGUAUUGACCUAUGUAUUACUGUCAGGGUUCUCGCCAUUUGGCGGUGAUACCAAACAGGAGACUUUCCUCAAUAUCUCGCAAUGUGCAUUGACUUUUCCGGAUAAUCUAUUUGGUGGUGUUUCACAGGCGGCCAUUGAUUUCAUACGUCGCGCAUUGCGAAUUAAGCCAAAUGAUCGCAUGGAUGUGGCUGGCUGCCUGGAGCAUGUCUGGUUAAAGGAUGAGUGCUCAUUGGAUAGACAAAUCUAUUUGCAAGCGCAGAGUGAUGCCGAGGAAGAGGAUGAUGUGGAUGAUGACGAUGAUGAUGACGACGAUGAUGUCGAUGAUGAAGAGGAUGUGUUUGCAAAUGAACAGCAGCAGCAUCAGCAACAGAAAGAAGAUAAACCACAAGAGCAAGAACCACAGCCGUCACAGCCUCAACAGAAGCAGCCGCAACAGCAGCAGCAGCAACAUAAACAUAGCAAUGGCAGCAGCAGCAGCAGCAGCUCAACCUCAAAAAUUCCCAUUGCCACCAGCAAGCUGAUUGCCAGCCCUUUAACCAGUCCCAGCACAGAAACCACAACGGUUAUACACACGCUUACCAAUGGUAUGGCCAAUAGCUGCUUGCCAAAACCCAAACAGAUGGUGACACCGACGCGACGGGCGUCCGACUCGGAUAAGGAGAACACAUACACGGCCACAUUUGUGAGGAAGCCAUCGUUGGCCAUCAUUCAAUUGGGCCAUAGCAACGGCGGCAAUACCAGCACCAGCCUAGAUGACUCCAGCAGCACAGUUGUGGCGACACUAACCCUCUUUCCGGAUGCUCCAACAACACCGAAAGUGAUCCGCAAGACACCAACUGGAGAGGCAAACUCACCAUCAACAUCGGUUAAGGCUUUGGUUAAGAAAUUUCAAUUGGAAGAUCAACCGGCUGGUGCUAACGGAGUAGCCAGCACAACAAGCAACAGCAAUUGCACCAGCAACACAAACACCAGCAGCACCAGCAGCAGCAACAUCCGUAGAAGCUGCAGCGGAGCGGCGUCGAGCAGUACAUGUCGAUCCUCUGAACCACUGACUGCUGUGCAUAAGAAACAGCAAUUGAAUUGCUCUAGCAACAGUUCCAGUUGCAGUUCAACACCCUCAAGCCCUAGCCCCAGUGCGAGCAGCACUGCCAAUCUUCUAAUGAAUAGCCGUCUACCGUCAGCAGCAGCAGCAGCAGCAUCAGCAUCAGCAUCAGCAUCAACGUCAACCAGCAACAGCAACAGCAAUGCCAGCGCCAGCAACACAACAAACACUGCCAACCAUCAACAUCUGCCGCAUCAUCAUAUGCAUCAUCAUCACCAUCAUCAUCAUCAUGUGGUGAUUGCUGCAAAGAAUGCUGCCGCUGUGGCAGCCACCAACAACCUGAGCUUGGAUCAGGGUAUCAUCUGUUAGCUAAGGGCCAGCCGUGCGAGCCGCAAUGCCAAAAGUUUCUUUCAUCGCUUCCUCUGCUGCAUGUAACCCACAUGGCAAACGGUCCUAGCUGGUCUACUAGGCGACAACACAGUGGAGGACGCAGCCAAGGAGCAACCGAUAUAGCAUAAACCGAUGGGAGCAGAAGAACACACAAGGAUUACUAUAUAUAUACACACACACCAUACAUAUACAUAUAUGAUGUAUUUGCGUUUCUUCGUUUUUCAAUUCAGUUUUUUUUUUUUUUGUUCUUAGU